GUUUGAAAGAAAGGACGCGAAAUUUGAAACUUCGACAAUGAACGUUCCAGAUGGUGAGCAGGGACCACCUUUCACAUCUCGAGCUGACAACAUGCAACAGGUUGGCAGGCAAGAGUCAGUUGGGAGAAAGCGACUUUUGAGAAGCAUCCUCUGCUCUUUGAAGUUUGAGCAGGGUGGCCCUUUGACUUUGGCAACAGGCUGGCAGCAUUGAAAACAGCAACCUCAAGAGAGCCGUUUGCUUUACAGCAGCAUCGCUUUAAACAAAUAAGAGGAGAGAUUGUGCAGAAGGAGUCCCUAGCUCUGGCUCUUUGUUCCGGAAGACCUAUAGAACUUCCACCUUGGUAUUAGUGCAAUGCUUCAGAUGCUUGGCCAUGACAGGGAGCAAACAUCAGUUUAGCGCAAUCACUUGAAACUGAGGUUUCACGUUUCGAAAGAAGCCUUCCUGUGGCAUAAGAAAGGGGGGCUUUGCUUCUCUGAGAAAGCAUCCUGGUCGGAGGCAACAAGGAGGCGGCAUGUCGGCCCAAAUACAGUACUCUGAGAAAUAUGCGGAUGACUGUUACGAAUAUCGGCACGUGAUUCUGCCGACGUCGUACGUGAAGGAGCUGCCGAAGAACCGGCUGCUGAGCGAGGACGAGUGGCGGGCGCUCGGGGUGCAGCAGUCGCGCGGGUGGGAGCACUACGCAGUACACAGGCCGGAACCCCACGUGCUGCUCUUCCGGCGACCACUAGGCUACGGCACGGCAGCCCAAGUCAUGCAAGGUACAACGAACGACGCAUCCGGUCGACGUGCGCAGCCCCGCCAAAGCCAAAACGAGCUGCAAGAACAUACGGACACGUCAUUUACUGGUGAAAGCUAGAAAGGACUCGAUGCUGGUGAGUAGCUAGAGAAGAAGAGAAGGAUUGCUCUUUCUCUUGUAAGCGUGCUGCUCGGAUUACUGACAGGGACUGCAGUUGUACAUACACGGUUAGGCAGCCUAGCGAGUCAGUUGCGCAAGGUGAUUUCUAAGUGGCGCCCGGCCUAAUCGGAUCCUAGUAGUAAGAACCUUGACAUAACAUGUAGAGCUUGACAAUGCACAAAAGCGUCCACCGUUAGGUACAUAGUGGGCAUACAUGGUCACUUGAGGCCAUUCACUUUCCCAUUAAAGUCAGCCGUACACCUCAGAAAGAAAGCAAACGGGUAAUAACACGAGCACUCGACCAUCAGAAUGGCUUAACAGCGCGUGCCUGACAUUUUCGCAAUAAAAUGUACAACUGUUGGGUCAAGAAGUUAAUUACAAAGAAUGAUCCACGAGGUUUGCUACGCACUGCUUUGAAAGCAAUCGAAAAUCUUCCUAACGGUAAGUUCCAAGAAAUGCACCGUCCUUUCCAA